AUGUUAUCUAGGCUAAUAACUAGACCCAAUUGUAUCUCCAGACCCGUUCUUCGAAGUAGAGGCGGGUUUGGCAGCUACCGAAUGAAAAGAGAAUUUUCCUUUCAACCUGUUUUCGACAGCUUGAACCAUGCAUCUGAGAUGCUCAUCCAAAUACAUGCCGAUUCAGGAUUGCCAUGGUACAUAUUCAUUCCCCUAGUCACGUUCACAAUGCGUACAUGCUUUACUCUACCGAUUGCAAUAUACCAGAGGAAAGGGUUAAGGAAACAGAACGAACUCAGACCCAUCGUCCAGGCAACGACUCCAGUCUUGCGUGCCAAACUAGCUUCAAUUGCGCAAAACGAACAACUCAAACGAUCUUCCACCUCUUUGCCUAAUGAAAGGGCAACUUUAACUGCCGAUAAAAUAAUGAUCUUGGCAGCCAAGGAGAAAAUCAAACGCCAGAGGAAACUGUUUAAAGAUUAUGGUUGCCAGUCUUGGAAAAUGGUCUUGCUACCUGCAGUGCAAAUUCCUCUUUGGGUCUCCUUCUCUUAUAUGUUUAGGACUAUAACCGGUUGGUCUGAUUUGGGGAAAAAGUCAAUUGACAUGUCUUUAACAGAGGAAGGGUUCUUGCACUUACAUGAUUUGUCCGUCAGUGAUCCGUAUUUUGCCUUGCCAGUUGUUCUCGGUAUUGUUGCGUUAUCUAAUGCCGAAUGGAACUUUAAAACGGCAGAUUUAAUGCAACUAACUACACGAGGCAAGAAAAAUACAUUGAGACCGACUGCAUUCGACGUUAUCAUUACGCUAUCUCGUUCAUCACUUAUCUUUUUAACCGCCGUCGCCACCCAAGCUCCAGCGGCUUUGGUCAUUUAUUGGAUAAGUUCCAAUGCUUACUCAUUACUCCAAAAUAUAUUGAUGGAUAAAUUUUUACCUCUAAGGUAUUCUCCUUACGAUAGAUCCAAACUAUAG